UAUAAAUACAGAGCAAAUUGAACAAAAAGGAAAAAAGAAGUUGAAGCUCCCUCUUCGUUCGUGGCACUCUCUCUCUCCUUGCCAGAUUUCUUGAAUUGCAAGCUCAAAUUAUUCUCAGAAUUUGCGUUUUCGAGUUGUGCUGCUUGUGCAAUGGAUCCUUCUAUCAUGAAGUUCCUUGAAGAGGAUGAGGACGAAUCGAUGCAUUCUGGGGCAGAUGUUGAGGCUUUUACUGCUGCUCUAAACAGAGACAUAGAAGGUGAUUCAUCCACUUCUCAGCCUCUUCAUGCAGAUAUUUCGUUUUCUCAAGAGAACAAUCAAACUUCAAGUCAGAUGUACUCGCAAUGGCAGCCUUCUAGCCAAGAUGAAAGCAGCGGCAACCAAUCUCAGCAGCAAGGUUUACGAAGUCAAGAACAGCAAUCAUCUGAAGUGGAGAUGAAGGAACAUGGAUCUAGUAUGGAGAUUCAGCAAGAAGUCAACGUCUCUCAGGCACCUGGUGGUCCUCAUUCGCAGUUACAUAGGUCUAUGCAAGUUGAUGUUCAGGGACACCCCAUAGAACCUAAAUCUGGAGAUUUUUCCCAGCAAUCAAUGCCGACACAGUCGCAAAUAUCUGGAACAAGUCAAGCUCAGGCUCAUGAACCAAGCAGAAAUCUUAAUUCAAGCAGUCAAACUCAGUUCUCAAACACACAGAGAUUCAACAAUCAGCCGGGUUCAGUGGCAGAGCAGGUUGGCACCUCCGCUAAUCGGUCAAAGCAAAUACCUUUUGGUAGUUUGCUUCCUAUCAUCUUACCAGAAUUAGAUAAGGAUAAGGCCAUGCAACUCCAAACUCUUUAUGGAAAAUUACGGAGAAAUGAGAUACCCAAAGAAACAUUUGUCAGGCUCAUGAGAAGUUGUGUGGGGGACCAAAUGCUGAGGUUAGCUGUGGUAAAAAUGCAAGCAAAGAGUCAAAACCCCGGUCAGCAGCCACACCCGAGACCUCCUACUGGUACUGCAGCCCAAUUCUCCGAUCCUUAUUCCUUUGGACAACUCCAUCAAAAGAGCAAUAGCACUCCUACCAUGAUACGAACUCCUGCUUCAGUCUUGCAACCGGUUAAAGAUUCGGGACACCAAAUGGUUGACAGCAAGCCUCUCAAAUCAAGGGAGAUAGAGCAUCUGACGGAUUCUCAUGGAGUACAACCAAACCAAGCAUCUGAUCGUUCUGUAAAUCCAAUACAGGGGCUUUCAAAGCAACAGCAACAGCAUUUGCACUUUCCACAGGGUUCCUUUCCCAUGUAUGGGGCCAGUAGUUAUCACCCCUUCCCUGGCACAAAUGUCAGUACACCCUCAACCAUGGUUAAAGCUCAACCUAAUGACCCCCAAUUAAGGCAAGGUCAACUUCAUCAAGGAUUUGGUUCUUCUAUUGGAGAUGGUACAAGCCAGGCUAUGAAUGUUAUGAGUACUCCUAAAGUUGAGAGGCAGAGUUCAUCUAAUGAACCCAAAAGACUUCCUGGUGUAACCAUGGCCAACAUGGCCACUCCUAUAAUGCCACAUAAUCCUGUGCCUUGGCAGGUAAGUAAAGAGCAAAACAUCAAUGCUUCACCGAACAUGAGUUAUGUGAAGCAGGAGCCCUCUGAUCAGGCUCUUGAAAAACAACCAAAGCCCAAAAUCUCUUCAUCCCAGGGGCCUGCAUAUUCAGGCCCUGUACUGGUUGAUCAAAGAGAAUCACUUCCAGUUCCCUCGAAUGCUGAGUUGUUGGAGAGAAACAAUUCUGGAAUCGCCCAUUCAUCUUCGUUGAGGAGUGCAACUGUAGCAACCCCAGGUUCUGUUUCAUCCAACAUGGAUAUUGAUUCCCAGCCUAGCCAAAUGAGCGGGAUUGGGAGCAAUUCCAAGGCAUCAGCUAAAAAGCCAUCUGGUGGUCAGAAGAAGCCACUUGAUGCACAUGCUACUACUUCACCCCCUCUGCCAAGUAAGAAGCAGAAAGUUUCCGGGGGAUUUUCUGAUCAAAGCAUUGAACAUCUUAAUGAUGUUACUGCCGUCAGUGGGGUUAAUCUUCGGGAAGAGGAGGAGCAGUUAUUUUCUGUUCCCAAGGAUGAUAGUAGAGUUUCAGAGGCGUCUCGUAAGGCUGUUCAAGAAGAAGAAGACAGACUACUUCUGCAAAAGUUUCCACUCAAGAAGAAGUUGGCACAAAUAAUGAUGAAAUGCGGAUUAACGAACUUGAGCAAUGAUGUGGAGCGGUGCCUCUCAUUAUGUGUAGAGGAAAGAAUGCGUGCGUUGAUAAGCAGUCUGAUCAGAGUUUCAAAACAGAGGGCUGACUCUGAAAAGUCAAGGCACGCUACUGUUGUCACUUCCGAUGUUCGUGAACAAAUAUUGGCGAUUAACCGAAAAGCCAGAGAAGAAUGGGAUAAGAAACAAGCAGAAGUUGAGAAACUUCGUAAACAAAAUGAACAGCCUGAUGGCAGUGCUGUAGUUGAUGCUGACAAGGAAAAAGAUGAAGGACGUUCGAAAUCACUGAAGAUGCCAGUGAACAAAGAGGAGGAUGACAAAAUGCGCACUACAGCAGCAAAUGUAGCUGCCAGAGCUGCUGUUGGAGGGGAUGACAUGCUAUCAAAAUGGCAGCUUAUGGCACAAACAGCUCGCCAAAAGCGUGAAGGUGGGCCCGACAUUGCAACAACUAGUUCUCAGACGGGUAAAGAUGUAUCCAAUAAGCAAUCCACAACGUCUGUUGGGAAUGUUCGGGAAACUCGAGGAACUGGAAAAAGGGAUCUGUCAACUCCUGCUUCUGGUGUUGCGAGACAAGGCGGCGGUGGAAGCCAAGUUACCGUGCCACCUCCCAGAGUAGUUCCUCGUAUCUCCGUCAAGGAUGUGAUUGCUGUGCUGGAAAAAGAACCCCAGAUGGCAAAAUCCACUAUAAUAUACCGACUUUACGACAAAAUGCAUGCCGAUCCUGCAUCUGAGUGAAAAGGGAAGGACAUUAUAAGCUUCAUGGUAUAUUCUGUUGGAGCUUCAACCAUGAAGUUUUAUUCAUACAUUUCUGGUUUACUGGCUAAUCACACUAAUAAUCAUAGAUAGUUAGUUAUACGUACCUUUAUUUUUCGGUAUGCCCUUCAAUUUCUUGUAAAUCUGAAGUGUCUUUGCCCUUUGUUAGGGUAUAAUAGUAAGGGUAAUCUGAAGUGUCUUUGCCCUUUGUUAGGGUUUGGUAGUUUUAUAAAGUUUCUGAACUUUUUCUUGUACUUUUAUAAUCUGAUCUAAAUUGAAGAUUCUGUUAA